CCAAUUAAGGAGCUAAUGCUGAAUAUAUUUCCUUAAAACAGUUGGUAAACCAGGCACGUCUAAGGCUUCUUGGCAAACACUCAAUGUUUACGUCCAAAAUGGCACCCUAUUUCCUUUGUAGUGUACUACUUUGACCUGGGCCCGUCGUGCAUUAUGCAGGCUAUAGGGUGCCAUUUUGGACGCCCCCACGUCACGUCCGAAAUUGUAUUGAUUAUGAGGGAUGCGGGGGAUGGAACGGUUGCCUAGAUUCUAGAAUAAGGGCAGGGCAUUGUAGCCUAGAGGUGUGUUGUUUUUCAUGGCGGGUCGAUGUUUUUAUUGAUAGACGCAGUGUGAAUUAAAACAUGGAGCGGGAGAGCGCCUGUUUUUAACAAGGUUGACGAGGUUCAAAUCAAUAAAACACCCUUAGCAUUGACCAGUUUAUUAAAUUAGUAAACAAAGAAAGUCCUACUUCUAUUCUUGAUACUGUGAGAAAUUGAUCCACAAACUAGGCCAAUUGCUCCUGGACAAAAGCCGUUUUUGUGUUUUCUGGAACAACCCGAUCCUCGUAUAGACUCAGCACCAUGGACAGCUAAAGGAGAGAAUAUAUUCAACGCCGCGAAAUCCAGCCUUUGAUCCCGAUUCCAUUGUGAUUUCACAGGAGAAGGUGACCUGCUCUGACGUAAUCAACAACGCAUGAUUGUACUGCCUCAAACCUGUACGGACCGCAAAGAACAUCUCAGCGACAGCGAGGCCUUCGCUUCAUACAACUCUUGACAGUUCUUUCCGAUCUAAACCUAACAAUGGCGUUGCCGUUGGGAACAUAAGGUCGGUAGACCUCUUCGCGCUGAAGUACAUUACCCCGUUGACCCAAUUUAUUCUGGGUCAGUCUUUGAUGUCUUGUAGAGAAAAACAACACAUAGGCCUGCAUGUGAAACGAACAUAAAAUUAGAAAGUACUGCAGUCAGUCGUGUGCGAAUGUUUAAUAACAUAAAGAGAGCGAAUUCAAUGUGUAGUAUUCUAGCGGUGUAUCUAUCCUGUCAAUCUAAUGUUAUGUGUAGUAUUCUAGCGGUGUAUCUAUCCUGUCAAUCUAAUGUUAUGUGUAGUAUUCUAGCGGUGUAUCUAUCCUGUCAAUCUAAUGUUAUGUGUAGUAUUCUAGCGGUGUAUCUAUCCUGUCAAUCUAAUGUUAUGUGUAGUAUUCUAGCGGUGUAUCUAUCCUGUCAAUCUAAUGUUAUGUGUUGUAUUCUAGCGGUGUAUCUAUCCUGUCAAUCUAAUGUUAUGUGUAGUAUUCUAGCGGUGUAUCUAUCCUGUCAAUCUAAUGUUAUGUGUAGUAUUCUAGCGGUGUAUCUAUCCUGUCAAUCUAAUGUUAUGUGUUGUAUUCUAGCGGUGUAUCUAUCCUGUCAAUCUAAUGUUAUGUGCGCAUGCAGGUGAGUGCAGGCCUAUAUACAUAAAAGCAUGGAUAAUGUUGGCUAUACACUGUGACCUGAGGUCUGGAUUAGUUCACAGGUGUGUCUGUGUGUGUGUGUGCGUGUGCGCGUGCGCGUGCGUGCGUGGAGGAACAUGAGUAGCCAUGCAGUAAUCAGAGCCCACCUCUGUCAUUGAACCCAUCUGUUGGCAUCAGACACUGCCUCAUGCUAACCUGUUUCGGUUUCAGGCUUUGUGAGGCUGGUCAUUCUUCUCUCUGCUGCUACACUGAGCUGUGACGCUGUGAUAUUAUCACUGGGGAGACUCCAUGACACGUCACUGAGCUGUGACGCUGUGAUAUUAUCACUGGGGAGACUCCAUGACACGUCACUGAGCUGUGACGCUGUGAUAUUAUCACUGGGGAGACUCCAUGACACUUCACUGAGCUGUGACGCUGUGAUAUUAUCACUGGGGAGACUCCAUGACACUUCACUGAGCUGUGACGCUGUGAUAUUAUCACUGGGGAGACUCCAUGACACUUCACUGAGCUGUGACGCUGUGAUAUUAUCACUGAGGAGACUCCAUGACACUUCACUGAGCUGUGACGCUGUGAUAUUAGUAGUAUCUUCCUGUAUGGUACAGGUCCUGCUGAGAGCACAGACACAGAGAUGAAGCCUGUGUGCUGCUCAGCCUAGACAGUGGAUAGGGUGUCACUAACCCAGAUCCUGUUGCAGAUGCUAGCCUACUGCUGUUGACAACGCCAUCGUCACUAUGACCAGCCUAGGGAUCCAGCAACGUCCCACUGACCACAGACAGAUAGGGAGGAGUCCUUUACUCCUGUCUCACAAACAGAGGUCCUCCUCCUCCCUGCCCCUCCUGAAACACCUGCACCAGGCUGGGGGGCCGUAUGCUGUCGUUGAGCCCCAGACAGACCCGCCGUCGCUGGGUGACUACUUCUCCCUCCUCCAGCGUCUGAAAGAGGAGACUUACAUGUACAAACAGAACAAGGAUCUGAAACAGGUACAGAGCAGGAAGCCAUGGUGUAAGCAACAGCCUCACUCUCCACCUCUGGCCAGUCCUCUUCCCAGAGGCCCUAGCAGCAGAGUCCCACCACUUCCCGGAGUUCCCAGUAGCAGCAGCAGUGUUUUACCGUCGGAUCGUACCCAGCGUAGACUGAGCCAGCACUCCAGCCACAAGAUGGCGUCCUCCUCCUCCUCCUCCCAGAAGAGUAAACACACACCUGCCAUCAUUAAGGGCCAUCGCCACUUAAGCUACGGAGGAUCCGUCCCACCUGAGAACAUCACCAUUCAACAGUUUUAUGACCUUACACCUACCAAGAAAAGUAACCUCCGCCUCAACGACCAGCUUAUACCAAAACCAACGGACAUCAACAUCGGAGAGAUAAUGAUAAAGGUUCCAAUUCCAAAAGAACAUCCGUAUCAGACCCACAUCUCCCGCUUCGCCCUGUUCCCAACGUUCCGCUCACCAGACGACCCCGACACAGGCGUGAGAGCUGCGUCCCUACGACCCCUGAACCCCCUCGUCCCGUCCUCUGCUCCAGAGGUCACCGUGCUGAGAAAGACAAAAGGAGGUCCUUACCGUCAUGAGGUACUGGAGGCACCCAUGACAACCAGGAAGAAAACCAUCUCAUGGCCAGGACAACAUGGCUUCCUGGAUCACCCCAAGCCAGUUAAGGGCGAGGCCCAGACCCAGGUAUUCUACCCUAAGUCCCAGAAGACAGUGUUUCCCAACCCCACAUUGCGUGACUGGGACGUCACGCUGUCUGAACGAACAGCCAACAUGCUCCGCAACGUGGAGAAGUCCCACUGGGUCACCUCCUACCAGCUUCACUACACAGGCACUGGGUCUACUAAUCCCUGGAGGUUGGAUGACUACCAUGAGAACACCGUUGACAUGAUCACUGGGAAGACAACUCCCUACACAACACAGCUGGUACGUACAGACAUGAUCACUGGGAAGACAACUCCCUACACAACACAGCUGGUACGUACAGACAUGAUCACUGGGAAGACAACUCCCUACACAACACAGCUGGUACGUACAGACAUGAUCACUGGGAAGACAACUCCCUACACAACACAGCUGGUACGUACAGACAUGAUCACUGGGAAGACAACUCCCUACACAACACAGCUGAGGGAGCGAUCCCACCCCGUCCUGCUGCCCCCUAAACCACGAGACGGGCGCAAGGCCAGAAUACGCCAGGGCCGUCAUAAGGUGGAGAGCACCUACCACCCUCCUGUCACUGCCCCAGCAGCAGAGUCCCACAGCACAGACCAGACUUCCACACAGAAUCACCCUGCUGGGCCUCUAGGAACUAUGUCUGGUCAUCAAAGUCAUCAGGAGAUAAAGAGGAACCCUUCUACUCAGGACGGCCAUCCCAACAACAGCCAUGGCCACUCAGAGCUCUAGCCAGGCCUGGGGCUGGAGAUGUGUCUGUGCCGGAGCCUGCUCAGGUGUCUGGCUAUGUGUUCCCUGGUCACCACCUUCAAGAUCACGGCUCUAGGUGUGAGAGGUGUGGGGAGGAGAGGUGUGAGUGCCAGGUCAAGGAGGUCAGAGAAGGGCUCCAUCACCCAGGGCCAGGGGCAUCAGACCCCCAGCAGAGCAGCCAGGCUCCCAGAGCCUCCCUGGAGAAGGUCACAGACACAGAGAGCCCUCUGGCCUUGUACAGCUGCCAUUCUCCCCUAAAUGAGACCACAGAGGUCACCAAAGAGAAUAACACCCAGAGAGAGGUGUGGUACGAGGACAUUCCUAGCAGCAAGAAGCAGAGCUACACAGCAUCAGGGGGUAACCUGUUCAGCCUGAGCCAGCCAGUUCCAGCAUUGGCUACUAACAACACAGGGGCGGCAUAUGAAUCUGAGACAGAACUGUCUGCUGCUGAUCUGGUCUCUCCCAACAUCCGUAACUGGCGUUCUGGCAGGAAUUUAGUUCUGGGUUCUGAGAUGACUGUCUAUCAGACCCUUGAAGAACAGGAUCGGGAGUGGCAGAACAGCGAGAUCCCCAUCCCACGCAGUAUCUCCAACCCCUGUAUUCAACCCCGUCCACAUGCCCUGCCUUCCACCCACCCAGGGGAGAGGGGCCGGUGCCAGCUGGCCCUGUUGGAGCUCCAGGACUCCUUCAGUAAGUCGGAGGUCCACCGUCUCUUCCACAGCUCCCUCCAGGGGGGCGCGGUCGACCUGCAGGACAAUGUACACACCGGGAGAAAGCACCGCUUCUACGGCUUCAACUCCUUCUAUUUCCACAACUGAGCACUGUAUUGUAGACCUACCACUAUGCCCACAGUCUGUAGGGAGUGGAAGACAUCAGAGGGCUUCGUGAGUGGAAUGGGUCUACGGUCUACAACGUUCUCUCUUCAUGAUGGGAAAUCCAACCAUAUACUGUCGCUUACUCAAAGCUACUGACAUGUUUUGCUUAUGAUGUCUGUCUUAUGAUGUCUAUCUUAUCAUGUCUAUCUUAUCAUGUCUAUCUUAUGAUGUCUGUCUUAUGAUGUCUAUCUUAUGUCUAUCUUAUG